CAUCCUGUUGGUCACGUGACAGACGCUCUCCCCAGAGAGCACUUCCGGUAACGGUUCCUGUGUUUGUAAACUGAAAAAUUGCAAGUCCGAUAAGAUAAUAUUGAUCUACUGUACGGGAGGAAGAGUAAGGCUUGGGCCCCUGAUGAUCGGGGCUUGUGUGGUCUUUAAAUAUUCUCCCUGCCCAGAGCGAAGGUCUAUCCCCCAACAUACACACACAUACUCUCACCACUGCGAUGUCACACCUUUCCAACAGCUCAGUGCGAGAUCACAUGAAAUGGGCUGGGUUGCUGGGUUGUGAAGCGGUGCUGUCCAGCAUGGCACUCAUGCAGGCCGGCUCGAUGCCCAAUUAUAAGAAGAUGGGCUCUUAUCUGGGCCAGGGACAGAGAGAAAACAAUCACAACCACAAUCAGGAGACCCAUAGCCAGCAUGGCCACAUGGUGCUACCCUCAGGAGUCAGCUGCCCACCACUGCUCAUCCGCAAGGACGGAGAGUUUCACUCAGCCCGGCUCUUGGAUGAAAAAGACAUGCAAUCCAGCCAGAACACCCAGCCAAAGAAAAAGAACAGGAAGUCUGGACUUCCCACCAAAAUGAGAGAAAAACCCCAGGUAGAAAUUCCUGAAGUUAAUGACGAUAACUCACUCGGCUCUCAAGUGCAGAAGAACUUUAUCUGUGAGCACUGCUACAGUGCGUUCCGCAGUAGUUACCAUCUAAAACGGCAUAUUCUCACCCAUACGGGGGAGAAGCCAUUUGGGUGUGAUAUGUGUGACAUGAGGUUUAUUCAGCGCUAUCACUUGGAGAGACACAAGCGCGUUCACAGCGGCGAGAAGCCUUAUCAGUGUGACCGCUGCCAACAGAACUUUUCCAGAACUGACCGGUUACUACGACAUCGGCGUUUGUGUGCUGUGGGCAUCCCUAAAGAGGAGAACCAGCCAUGCUGUGAGGGACGGACGUAUUCUCAGGAACCCUCCCAGCACACUGCAUCCUGGAGCCCACUGCAGACAAACAACAGCAGGCUGGCAGUGUGAUGGCCAUUCUGUCUGCUCAUACAAACCUCUCCCCAGCAAACCCAAUGGACUCUCUGCAGCCAACAUACAGUCCAGCACUGUAGCAGAAAUGACACGAGUCUGAGCCUGUAAACUGUUUAAAGUGACACAUCCAGCUCACUAACAGUUGAAUCUUUUAUAUUGGUUUGACUCUGGGAAAUAGUAUUUUGUAUACCUAAUAAUCGUAGACGGUACUGUCAUCAGAUUAGUUAGUUAUUCAUUCAGUCCAGGCAAUAACUGGUUAUUAAAUAGAGAAUUUUUGUCCUUUUUAGCUCUCGUGGAGGGUGUAGUUUGGGGUACAUGCAUAGCAAGAUUGUUUGCAAUGUUACUAAUAUGAAUAAAAGGGAUAGGUCACACAAAAAUUUAAAUUCUGUCAUAAUUUACUGUGUUCCAAACCCAUAUGAAUGUUUUUCAUCCGUGAAACAAGGUAGAUGUUACACAGCAUGUUUCAGAACUUUCUUUUUUGUGUGAACUGUCCCUUUAAUGUUGUCGCAUGUGGCCUUUUCAUUCUAAGCAGUUAGACAUAAGCCCCUUUCACACAUGCAACCAGGUAAAUUACAGGAAAAUCAUUGGGUUGCCUUUACUGGUAAAUGUACCAAAUGUGUUGUUCACACAUACCAUCAAAAUGGACAUUUAUAGGUACUAAUGGUACAACUUCUCACUAAGGGAAAUUGCAAGGGCAAAAUUUACCAGUAUUUGUGAAAGAGGCUAUAGAGACAGUAGACACAUUCUGAUUGGAUGUUUUCUCAGUUUGCACAUCAAUUAAUCAUUAUCUGUUAUUUUAAGGGAAUAUUCUGGGUUCAAUACAAUUAAGAUCAGUCGACAGCAUUUGUGGCAUUAUGUUGAUUACCACAAAAAUGUAUUUAGACUAAUGCCUACUUUUAAAAAAAGCAAAAAUCGAAGUUACUUUGAGGCACUUACAAUGGAAGUGAAUGGGGCUAAUUUUGGAGGGUUUAAAGGCAGAAAUUUUAAGCUUAUAAUUUUCUAAAAGCACACAUUAAAUCGUAAUUUUUAGUCGUUUUAGGGUUUGUUGACAUUACGUCAUCAUGGCAACAAAGUUGUAAUAUUGAUAUAACUUUACACUGAAAAGGUUAGUAUAAAAUCAUGUUAACACACAGAUUGUUAACAUCUUGUGGCUAUACUUUUGAAGUAGUGAGUAUUUAAACGUUUACGGAUUGGCCCCCAUUCACUUCCAUUGUAAGUGCCUCACUGAAUCCUCGAUUUUUGCUUUUUUAAAGAAAAGGAGGGGCAAGUCAAAAUUAUUUUUUGUGUUAAUCCAUAUUAUGCCAUAAAUUCUGUCGAUUGAGCUUAACUUGUAUUAAACACGGAAUAUUCCUUUUAAGAGUAUAUUCCCAUUAAAUACUGUGAUAACUUUACGGUUUAAGCAGAAACAUCUAGAACAUCAUAACUCCAUCAUAUAUUCAUUAUCCACAAGAUAGUUUUUUGUAAUACAUUAUGGUGUCAAACUUUUUAAGUUGGCUUUUCGGUUAAUACAAACACUGACUAUUAUCGGGUAUUAGAGAAUGACAAUUUUUACAGUAUAAUGUGACUCAUGUGACAAGUCUUUAGCAUCGCUGUUUCUCUUCUAAAGUCACUGGAUUGAUUGAGCUGAGCCAAGAAUAGCAUCGGAAACAUUUUAAUAGGUUGUAUAGUUCGUAGAGAGACCACUAGUUUUCAUGAAAAUCUUAUGUUUCGUAUUGCGCCAACCUCAGCCCUUGAACACAGACAUCUUGCCCAGUUUUCCACUGCUGAGCUUGAGUUAAUAUAUUUUUUUCAGCAUUUUAAAUAAUUUAAUUAAAAACUUAGUAGGACUAGACUGCUGCCUCUGUGUAAUGUAGCAGUUUCAUUGUAUUAUUUUUUACACGUACGUUUAUUUGCAUGAUGUUCCUUUGACAAACGAACUGUCUAAGGUUCUUGUAUUGUGACUGUUUAAAAGAAUGAAAACGCUUUUUUUUUUUUUUUU